AUGCCGCCUCAACCACUAGACGCGACGCCCGAGCAGAAGGCUCAGGCCGACGAAGAGGAUAAAAGCCCCAAGCAGCUGCCGAAGGGCGUGGUCUUGGGUCCUGAUGGCAAGCCGUGUCGGUCAUGCACUUCAGUGUCGUCGUGGUUCGCUAUGGCCAAGCAGGGCACCACAACCCCAUCCAAGAUCUCGACUACUACACCACCAGCACAAGCGACCUCUGCCCUUGACAUGCCGGCCGACUGUCCGCCAGACGUAGAACAACUCGGACGCUCAGCGUGGACUCUCCUCCAUACCAUGGCAGCAAGCUACCCAGAAAAGGCCUCAGCAGAGCAGCAAAAAGAGACAAGAACGUUUAUGCAAUUGUUUGGCAAGAUGUACCCUUGCUGGGUAUGCGCCGACGAUUUCAGAGCGUGGAUGAAAGAUGGCAACGAGCCACGCGUGAGCAGCAGAGAUGACUUUGGACAAUGGAUGUGUGAGGCGCACAAUGCUGUCAAUGUCAAGCUGGGCAAAAAGUCGUUCGACUGCAAGAAAUGGGAAGAGCGAUGGAGGACGGGCUGGAAGGACGGACGAUGUGGUUGA